AUGUCGUCCACAUUCCACUUCAAUCACAGUCAACUGGGUGACUUGGUUGGCUUACCACGAGGCAAUGAUGUGGUUCAGUUUCGCGGGAUCCCUUUUGCAAGUAUCCCAGCACGUUUUAGGCAGAGUGUGAUGGUCCAUGGGUUGCCUUUACAACCUUUUGAUGCCACACAGUCGGGGCCAAUUUGUCCGCAGACUGAUCUUGUGGGCCCCCCAUUCUGGGAUGGAGCUCUUCCCCAGGACUAUCCUGUGCUAUAUUCGCCAAAGAUGUGUGAACUCAACUGUUUGAAUCUCACAAUCACGGCUCCAACUUCAGCUUUAGAGGCCCACAACCAAGCCAAGGUGCCCGUGCUCAUUUUUAUUCACGGCGGCGCAUUUAUUGGCGGUUCACAAUGCGUCACUAUUGCUGGCCGAGAGGUUUUCGAUGCCACGAAUCUUGUCAGAGCUAGUUUAGCACGGAAACAAAGUAUUGUAGUGGUGACCAUCAACUACCGCCUCGGGCCUCUCGGAUUUAUGGCAUCUCAAGAACUUGAGGCCUUCAACAGAUACCAUGGGGAGCCGGUUGGAAACUAUGGCUUCCAUGAUCAAGCCCGUGGUCUGGAUUGGGUGAACAAAUUCAUCGGUGCCUUUGGUGGUGACCCGGGACAGGUGACUCUCCACGGGACAAGUGCUGGUGGAUGUUCGACACAUUACCAUACUGUUAAACCUAACCGCCGGUUUCGCCGAGCCAUUUUAUCCAGUGGAACCCUGACAGGAAUCAGCCCGAAGAGCAUGGCCGAGCAUCAGGUCAUUUUUCAAGGAGUUGUAGACAAUUUGCGCAAGGUCGCCUCCACGCCAGCUCCCGCUUUGGAGCUCGUACAGUCUGUACCAGUGCACGACCUCAUCGCUUCUAUUACACCAGAAAUAUACAACCCUCUAUCUGAUGAUGAUUGGAGAAAUAAUUCCGCGGACGGUUUUGGCGACCAUGCACCCUUGGAGCUAAUGGUUGGGGCCUGCGAAUUCGAGCAAGAAGUUGCCGAGGUUCUUCUUUCGGAUAUCAAGAACAACAAGGAACUAUUCGGUGACAAGUUACUCAACAAAGUACGCGGGUUGUGUACAGCCAAUGAAAUGCUCCACAACCAGCAGGGCUUUCCCUUGCAAUAUCACGAAGUCCUGAAGGCGUAUAAUAUUGGCGUUGCGACAUCCUUCACAAACUGGGCAGCUCUCGCCGCGGAUGUCAUGUUCCGGCUGCCUCCUAUGUAUCUCGCAUCCCGGUAUCCAAAUACCAAGAUGUUUAUAUACGAAAUCGCCGCGCGGAAUCCGUUUCCGAACUGGAAACCUAGCUAUGGAAAGGCCAACCAUGGGAUCAAUGAUAUAUUGUUAUUCAACGUCGCAGAGGAUCUAGUUCCUGCGGAACAUCUCAGCGAUUGGCAAGGAAGCGUUGAGCAGAUACAGUCAGCUUGGCUAGACUUUUGCUACGGCUUGGACCCUUGGGCUCAUUUCAAGACGACCGAAAAUGGAGAUCCAGGUCCCUUUUACAAAUUCCGGAAUGGGAAGGAUGGACAACUGUGUCACUCUUUGGAGGAGCUUUUAGGGCAGGAGACCGCGAAGCGGUUUAAAGCUAUCCUGGAAGUUCUGAAGUCCGAUAGCGACACUUAA